AUGGCUGACGCCGCCGGCCGCCGCUUCGGCUGGCUUCGGCAGCGGCCGGAUCUGAGGGAUCUGAUUGGUGGCCGAUGUUUGGGCUGCCCGGUGCUCACCCUGCCGGACCCGUCGGUCACACCGGACCCGUGCUGGGUGUCGGACGACGAGUACCGACAGCUGGUCAUCUACCUGACCUCGGUACCCGUGCUGGAGGAGGCCGACCAGGGCUUCAUACUGGUCAUCGACCGGCGACAGGACCGAUGGAGCUCCGUCAAGGCCGCACUGCUGCACAUAGCCACCUUCUUCCCGGGCCUGAUCACGGCCUGCUACGUGCUGCGGCCGGCCAGCUUUCUGCAGCGCACCUGGUCCGAUCUCAGCUACAAAUUCAGCCGCGACGACUUCAAGUUCAAGGUGGUGAUCUGCAGCUCUCUGGCCGAGCUGCACUCGUACGUGUCUCCCGACCAGCUCACCAAGGACCUGGGAGGCACUAUCCCCUACGACCACGAGGAGUGGAUUCAACAGCGGCUGGAGCUGGAGAAGUUCUCGCUGCGCUCGCAAGAGAUCUCCGACUCGCUGGAACAGUUCCUGUCGCGGCUGCAGCAGACAGAGUUUCCGCACGAUGUCGGCACCACGGAGAACAUGCUCAAGAGCCAGACCCAGGCCUACUCGAGCCUCAAGUGCGAGCUGCUGGCGGCUUCUGAGGCCGGCGAGACCCUGCUCUCUGAGAUCCGACAGUCGGCGGUUCGCAGCUCGGCCGAUACCGACUACUGCCCGGACAAACUCAUCAACGUCACCGCCGUCCAGAGACUGCUGGUGCAGCUGGACGAGACGGCAUGUCGGUUCGAGGGCUAUUGGAGCGGAUACGAGCGGAGGCUGCGCCGGUGGCUGCAGCUGCGCCGCUUCGACCACGGCUUCCGAGAGUGCCAGACCGAGUUCGAGCACCUGCUGAAGCGCGUGACGGACGCGACCGACGUCGGCGAGUCGGUGGCGCACGUCGACCAGCUCAUCAAGGAGCACGCCGCACUGCAGAAACGCUGUCUGGAGACGCAGCAGCAGGCGGACGACCUGCAGUCGUUCGGCCGUGACCUGCAGCUGACCCCCGGUGACCUGGGCUGCGAGGGUGUCGAGGCGCGCUGCGCCGAGCUGCGCCGGCUCGCCGAUCUUACCUCAGACAAAAUGCAGACGCGCGCCCAGCUGCUGAAGAAGUGCCGAGAUCUUCAGGAGCGCGUGGAACGGGCGAACGCGUGGUGCGCGCUGGGCGUGGAGCUGCUCACCUCUCAGCAGAUCGAGAAGUGCUGGACGGCGCCGGAGCUGGCCGAGCGCGCCCUCUCCGAGAUCGACUCGUUCCUGGGCUCGGCGGCCGACCUGCACCUCCACUCGCCGGUCGAACUGCGCGCCGCCUUCCAGGACGUCAGCACGCAGCAGACCAAGGCGCUGGUCCAGCAGGUGCUACAGCGCAUUGAUGACGUUCAGACCAUGUGCGACCGUCGGCGGAACAGCCUCCAGCGGUACACCGCUCGACAGAGGCCCGUGCAGACGGUCAACCCCGAGCCGGCCGUACCGCUGGACAAGGUCAAACUGAGGUCACCCAGGGGCACACGGCGGGCUCGGCGCAACGGAAAGGAGAACGUCAGCCCGUCGAGUGCGGAGGAGGUCGAGUCGCGCGACCCCGAACAGCUGGCCGCGCGGCGGCAGCACAUUGUCACAGAGCUGCUGGACACCGAGAGGACCUACGUGGCCGAGCUCAACCAGAUACUCAAGGGCUACCGUGACGAGAUGCUGAGCUCUGAACUGCAGCAGCUGAUGCCCAUCCAGCUGUACGGCAAGGCGGACGUCCUGUUCGGUAACAUGGAGGACAUCCAGCGCUUCCACAGCUCCGUGUUCCUGCGGGACCUAGAGGAGUGCAGCUCGGCACCCGAGCAGAUCGGGGAGUGCUUCGUGGAGCGGAAAGAGGCGCUGCAUCGUCUGUACAGCGAGUACUGUCAGAACAAGCCGGCCUCAGAGGACCUGCGACGCCAGAUCGGCGACACCAACUCGUUCUUCGUCGAGUGCCAGCGGCGGCUGCAGCACAAGCUGCCCCUGGGCGCCUUCCUGCUGAAACCCGUGCAGAGGAUCACCAAGUACCAGCUGCUGCUGAAGGACCUGCUGCGCUGCAGCGAGGACCCCGACUCGUGCAAGCAGCUCACCGAGGCGGUCACGUGCAUGCUAGACGUGCUGAAAUGUGUCAACGACUCGAUGCACCAAGUGGCCAUCAGCGGCUUCCCGGGCAACAUCCUGGACCUGGGUCGGCUGCUCCUUCAGGGGUCGCACACGGUCUGGAUCGAGAACAAGAAGGACCGUCUCCGGGACCUAAGAUUGAAGCCCCGCCAGCGACACCUGUUCCUCUAUGAGAAAAUGAUUCUGUUCUGCAAGAAGAAAGGCGGCGAGAGGCCCCGGUACAGCUUCAAACAUUGUCUCAAGAUGUCUCAGGUGGGGCUGACUGAGACGGUGAAGGGGGAUCCGAAGAAGUUCGAGGUGUGGCUGCCGGGCCGAGCCGAGGUGUACACCAUUCUGGCCACAUCGGUGGACGACAGGGAGACCUGGGUUCGGCAGAUCAAACGAGUGUUGAUGGAGCAGCUCGAGUUCCUCAAAGGAGAAAAUAUGAAACAGUACAAGGUCCAGAAGGGCAACAGCAUGGGCAGCAACGGCACGGCCAUGUCGCCCACCACACACAAACCGCUGCGUCAGACGGCCUCCUGGGAGAACGGCUCUACGGACUCGCCGCCGGGCGGUGUGGCCGGCUCACGGGGCCGUAUCCAGAGUGUCGACUGGUCGCCGCAGACAUACGGCACGCCGGCAGAGGACGGCUGGAGCAGCGAGUACAGCAGCGACGACGACACCUACCCGGACAACGGCGGACAGUACAACCGUCACAGCCGGUUCCUGGUGCUGGCCGACUACCAGGCGGUGGGCCUGUCGGAGGUCUCUCUCAGGGAGGGAGACACCGUGGAGCUGCUCAAGGUCGGCUGUGCCGGCUGGUGGUACGUCCGCACACCAGGCGUGUCCACCGAGGGCUGGGCGCCGGCCACCUACCUGGAGCGGCUGAGCAAGCGGCACUCGUGCGGUUCGCCAUCCGUCAGCUCGGUGGAGAGCGGGGUGAUCGAGAUGCGGCCGGCCGCCAGCCGAAACUCGGUCGCCUCCAACCUGAGUGCCCCCAGCGAGGUCGACGAGGACCUCAAGUGAGCGCCGGUGGGAGAGGAAGACCGCGCCGGCGGCGGAGCGUCUUAGAAGGAUCUCAGAGCAUGGGAGACUGGCGCGGGGAGUGGCAGGGUCCGCCGAGUAGGGUUCGACGGCGAGCGUGAGCCAGUGCUUGUGUUCUGAGAGUGAGCUUCAAACAUGCCAACUGGGAGGGAGGCGGACCAGCGGAUGUGAAGAUAGAGCGACGAUGGACCUCAGGAGGCGCGAUCCGAGGGUGGAGGCUUCCAGUGCUAAAGUUCGAUUCGGAAACCUCAGGCGAGUCGCGACAACCGUGACGGACAGUCCGGUGUGGCAUCUGAGAACCCACGGCUUCCUCCGACUCGCAGCCUUCCUGGGACCUGAGCGUAGCCUCCGACCGCCGGCACUGGGCGCCCAUCCAUGUCUUUGGUCUCGGCACGGGUAGAGGCCAGCCCCGCUCAGUCGGCCUGCUGCCGGGGGUGGCGAGGUGCGCCAGUAGACGCCACCUCACUGGUUCAGGGCCAAAGUUUUCAGGACGCGCGGUCCUGCGCCUGCCGGCUCGCCUUUCAGUCUCGUCUGCCCGUGGUCGGCGCGGACUCUGGGUGGUUCGGUGAGCCGCGAGGUGGCGUGCGGGUGCCAGAGAUGGGGCGCCGCCUAGAGCUGACCUUUGUGAUACUGUACAGACCGCGACCGUGCGUAUUUGUGUGUUGUUGGUGAGCAGUUAACGCCUGUGAUUUGUACUGUAUUUGAUGGUCCCGCGGCGCGGUGUCUGACCGCCGACACGCAGUAUUUCCCGUCUAUUCACCGCGCUGUGGCGCAGAGCGUUCACCCACGCCAGGUAUUAGAACCAGGACAGGGGAGCCGACCACACACACCAGUGUCCCGCCCGCUCUGUCAGACCAUUUGACCCAUUGAGUGAAUUGUGACACGUGUAACUACCCGCGUUUGUGACAGGCGUUUGUAGAGAUUUGAUGAGUUUUCUUGGAUGUCCUUGAGAUGCUGGAGAUACUAUACUCCGUCAACCUUCUCAGCUAGUUUACAGGCCUGUACAUUCUCCUACUUCUUACGCCUUGUAAGAGCUUUGAGAUUGCCAAUAACGGCUUUUAUGGAAUUUUAGAUGUAUCCUGUCAGCCACGGUGUAAAAACAAAGCUUUAACCAAGUCAUUGCGUUGUCUGCUUCACGUCUUACCAGAAUACCAUGAUGUGAAGGUGAUUGAUGAUGUAUUACACUUGGCAAUGUAAUGAUGUGAUGUAUGUCGCUCCAGUUUUCGCACAGUUGUCAACGAACACAGUGAGGCAUAAUACAAUGAAUGUGUGACA